AUUUUGAUAUUUAGAAGAUAUUUGUGUUUUAUUUGGCAUGUGACGUUUAAUGCAAGGAGGUGUAAUGCGUCAAAACGCACCUGGUCGCCUGGCCACAACGAACAAGAACUGCUCUGCGGAGCUCUGCGGAGCAAGCCAAGCCAGCGGAGCAAGCGCCGUGCAUAAACAUAAACAAACGCAUCAUCGAAGGGCCGAGCCGCCGCAGCGGCCAUAACAAUAGGAGGCGGCAUUUAAAUGGCUCCCGGAGUCCCCGUUCUCCCACGCCCCUAGAAAAUGAAACCGCCCUGUCGAAAGUGAAGAGUUACCGCUAGCCUCCGGUUGUCCCGGUCCUGACUUGGCCUCGGACUCCGAGAGCAUCGGACGCUGGGACGAACAAAGCCGAGAUGCCCAGCACGGAUUUGCGGCACUCGCCAUGCCCGUCGGAGGGCGAAAUUGGCUUCGCCACACUGCCAGAGCAGGUCCACCGUAAAUCGGUCAAGAGGGGUUUUGAUUUCACCCUGAUGGUUGUGGGAGAAUCUGGUCUCGGAAAGUCGACGCUUAUCAACAGCCUCUUCCUGACAGACUUGUACGAAGAGCGCAAACUCCCAAAUGCUGAAGACAAGAUCGACAGGACGGUGCAGAUUGAACGCAAAACCAUGGAGAUUGAAGAGAAGGGGGUGCGGCUUCGGCUAACUGUGGUGGACACCCCCGGCUUUGGAGACGCCGUCAAUUGUGAAGAAAGCUGGCGCUCCAUUGACCGGUACAUAGACGAGCAGUUCAACCAGUUCUUCAAGGACGAGAGCGGACUCAACCGCAAGAACAUCGUGGACAACCGGGUCCACUGCUGCCUCUACUUCAUCCCCCCCUGGGGGCAUGGGCUGAGACAGCUUGACAUUGAGUUCAUGAAAAGGCUGCACCAGAAGGUCAACAUUGUUCCGGUUAUCGCCAAGGCUGACACUCUGACGCCGGCCGAGAUCAGAAACAUGAAGGGCAGGAUCCUGCGGGAGUUGGAGGAGAACCAGGUGACUGUGUACCAGCUGCCAGACUGUGACAGCGACGAAGACGAGGACAUCAAGCUACAGGACCGGGAGCUCAAGGAGAGCAUCCCAUUUGCGGUGAUCUCGAGCACCCAGUUGGUGGACGUGAACGGCCGGAGGGUGCGCGGCAGGCUCUACCCGUGGGGCAUCGUCGAAGUGGAGAAUCCGAAGCACAGCGAUUUCCUCAAGCUGCGGACCUUCCUUAUUAGCACGCACAUGCAAGACCUGAAGGAAGUGACCCGCGAUGUACACUACGAGAACUAUCGUGCCCAGUACAUCCACAAGAUUUCUCAACAAGCGGCCCGCGAGCGGGGGAAACAGGGCAGGGAUCCGGUGACCGCCACGACCUACGACGGGAUUUCGGAGGCGGAUCGCCUGCUGCAGAUGAAGGAUGAGGAGAUUCGGCGCAUGCAGGAGAUGCUGUCGCAGAUGCAGGAGAAGCUGCGCCAGACUAGCCACGACACCACCCCGGAGGCGUCCACCCCGGACCUGGACGCCCGGAGGAGCGACGGGGACAGCGUGGUCAACCUCUGAGGACCCUGCGGCGGCAAACACCCACUCUCUCUUCUGCUAUGGGCCCCACCCCCGCCUUUGGUCCCACCCUCCCUUCACCCAAACCACAAGGCCUGGAACGCAGCUUCGACUGGCACGUUUACCACAUCCAAAAAAGUGGUCCCUAGAUUUCCACCCUGCGACACUAGAAAAAUGUCACGUCUCCGGCCGCGGUCCCAGCGGUGUCGCGGCAGCAGCGGUGGAUAUGGCAGAUGCUUGUUCUGCUGCAGGUUUCUGACGAUCCACAGAAACUCCGGGAGCUCGGACGCUGCGACACUGGCGCUUGCUUCCGCCUUUUUCCAGAACCUCUACGACUAACCGCAGGGAUCGCGACAUCUGACAGCGUAACACUUUGGCUUUUGCAACGUCGCUCAUUGCCACUUUGGACCAUUUUCGAUGCUAGGGCGGCAUGGGACGUUACACAGUCAAGUUGGAGACGCGUUCCAGGUACCGUAGCCACGCCCUCCGAGUGAACUGCGACGAGGGUUUCCUUCACGCAGUCUCCACGCCCGUUCAAAGUGUGCGUUUUCCCGCCACGUCGACGUCUCGGGGCCUAUGGGUCGGGGUCAACAAAUGCCCUUCCACGACCGAGACUGACGUCGUGUCGCAGCUCGCUCGGAAGCGACGGCAAGACGUGUUGUCGUAGGGACAUUUAAUCAAAGUCCCGUCCCAACCUAUUUAUUUAUUUCCGUCGCAUUUCUCGCCAACCGGAAUCCGGUGGAUCCUCAGAGAUCCGACAAAAUAUACGGUUCAAUGGCGGCCGACUCGGCGGCGAUAUAAAGAAAUGUCGUCGUCGCGCAGUCCUCGAGGGUAUUUGACCGUUGUGGCGUGAGCUUGUCCUGAACUUCUUUUGUCUGCUUCACUGCUUGGAACCACGACUGGUAUUCCUUCUGUAAUCCUACCAGAUCACACGUAGUACUCUAGGAAUGCAUUUCACUUCUGCACAAGAUGUUGCACAGCAUUUGCGUUGUUGCCACCCUCCUGCACGACUUAUGGUUGACCUCCUCUUGACCCAAGGAGCCAUUACCUUUCUUUCGACUACCUACAUAUUUUCCCGUGUCCAGUGAUGUUUUAAGCGUAUAGUCAAGGUGUGAAUUAAGGAUACGUUGAUGCUUAAGAACAUAUGUGCUCAAUGUCAGGUGGGGGAUGCCCCCUCGCUUUUUUUCUGUACCAAAUAAGUGUGUAGGCCUCGCACACAGCAUGUGUGGGAUCAAAUACCGUGAGUAACUGAAUACGACUUUGUAAACAUACUAUAAAUUGACGGUGCACAACAUUCCGACAAUACCCUCGACUGGGAACUUCAGUUCGUUUUAUGGUAGCUAGAGUCAAAAUUGCGGGCAUCAGAGUUGCUCCAUAUGUGGCCACGGAAUACGUGCCAUUUUGGGAUCGUUCCAUUUGACGACUCCGAAACAAAACCAGACUCGGAAGGAAGGCCAUUCAGCUUUAUCCAUUGCGCCCCUGGGGAACAAAGUAGCAGUGUGUGCACUUGUUACCACAUGGCGUCAUUUAGCGACACCCCCUCCAGCUUGUCACGCUGUCCUUUGUAAAACGCUCCAGUUGCCUGCCUCUGUACCUAGUCACCGGACUGAGUGCUUUUCCCCCACAUCUACUCCAAAGACCAAAUCAAAGGCCUAUGCUUAGUUUAUUUAUAUAUAUAUAUAUGUCGAUCAUUUAGAAGCAUGACAUUCCAGAGAUUUUAUUUACUCCUUCCCAUUUACACUGACGUGCAGCUGUAUGUCAAUUAUACACCCUUUGCAUCGCUCUUCGUUUGACGGCGGAGCUUAUUUAUUCCGAAGCAGAAUCAUUUCCACUUCCGGCGAACAUCCAGCUCUGCAGAGUGGCAGUUCUCGAAACAUUCUGCAACCUAUGGGAACCAAGUCACAAUAAAUGCUUUCAUCCCAAAAAAA